CCGAGUCUCCUAGUCUAAGGUAGUCUGAGUGGAGAAAGUAAUGAAGAUGGAAGGAGCUGAUGUUGAUGAAUUAUUGAGGAGAUUUAUUGAGUAGCGAAGUGAUAUCCUUUUACUUGUCUUGUUGGAACGACAGAGGACAGCGACACCAGGAAAUUGACAAGAUAGCAUGCCCGUUGAGGUGACGCCACUGCAGAUGAGGGAACAUGUUGGCGAUGGACCAAGGAGUGGUGGAGGAAUGGCUGUCAGAAUAUAAGACCCUCCCUGACAAUGCUGUGUCCAAUUAUGCUGCAUCACUAAAAGACAAAGGUGCCUUGGUCCCUGCACUCUACAAGGUCAUGCGAGAGAACUACAGCGAUUUGCUGGAGCCAGUGUGUCACCAGUUGUUUGAGUUUUACCGGAGCGGAGAGCCGCAGCUGCAACGCUUCACACUGCAGUUUCUGCCAGAGCUCCUGUGGAGCCUCCUGUCCGUCAGCGCAGCCAGAGACCCCCACACGUCCGGCUGCAUCGAGGCCCUGCUGCUGGGCAUUUACAACCUGGAAAUAGUUGAUAAGGAUGGACAAAGUAAAAUAUUAUCUUUUACUGUCCCUUCCCUCUCCAAACCCUCAGUGUACCAUGAGCCUUCAGCCAUUGGCUCCAUUGCCCUCACAGAAGGGGCUUUAGCCAACCACGGGCUGAGCAGGGUGGUGUACAGCGGGCCACACCUCCAGAGAGAGAACUUCACCGCACAGAACAGAUUUGAGGUGCUGACCUUCCUGCUGCUGUGCUACAACGCUGCUCUUAGCUACAUGACCGCCACCUCCCUCCAGUCCCUCUGCCAGCUCAGCUCCAGGGUUUGUAUAUGUGGUUACCCACGGCAACAGCUUCGGCGCUACAAAGGCAUUAGCACGCGUCUGACAGUCACGUCAGAGUUCCUGGUUCAGCUCAUCACAGGGAUACACUACGCCUUGUGUAGUGGGGAGGUUGACCUUGGAUCCAAAGCACUGGAUGACGUUCUGUAUCGGGCCCAGCUAGAGUUACUGCCUGAAGCUCUGUUGGUGGGCAAUGCCAUCAAGUCGUCACUGCACGGCGCUGCACUUAAAAGCAACAACAAGGAGGGGGCACGCAGUAUCCAGGUGGAGAUCACGCCCACCUCCUCCAGGAUCUCCCGAAAUGCUGUCACCUCCCUCUCUAUCAGGGGACACCGCUGGAAGAGACACGACGCAGUGGAUCUGGGUUCCCCGGAUGAGCUGAUGGAUAUUUCGGAGGUGGAUGAAGGGGUGUGGCCAGGCGGGAUGGGGCCGGACAUGACCCCCCCCACCAUCACUAUUAGCAACAGUGUCACCACGUUGAAUCUGGGAGCCAAGGCCAUGAAGAAGUGUCGGCUGGGCGGGCGCAACAGCAAGGACAAGGAGGCAGGCUCUCUGACAACGGGCCGGGCCAACAGCGAGAAUGCAGAGCUGUCCUUCAAGCGACUGACGCUCACUUCCAGCCAAUCGGUGCCCAAGGCAGGAGCUCUCACCAGCCUGACCCGCACCGCCAGCGCCGUUUUCUCCCGCUCCUUCGAGCAGGUGGCCGUCGGCAACGCCCCCCCCGUCAGCAACCACACCGCCUCUGAAGUCGGCCGCUAUUCAUGCAGCCUGCAGGAGGAUGGGCUGGGGUACUUGAGUCCGGCGCCAAACCACACGCAGCGCUCUCCUAGCAUCAGCGUGCACCUUGGCUCUGACCUUUGAACCCUUAGUGACUCCUGACUACCUGAUCCCUCUCAAUCCGGUGACCCUGUACCUGUGAACAGGAACUCCAAGCCAUGCCAACUCCCAUUAGACCACAAAAGCAUUUAAACACUCCCACUGGGUGUCUUGUCACUCCAUUUUGAUGUCUUCGGUUCUCUGUGUCUCCAGAGCAGCCUGCCGCCGUGCUCCUCUCCUGAUGAAGGCGGGGGGUCAGAGAUAUCACUUCCUGCUUGACUGAUUUUUAGCAGUGCAUUGUUGCUGUGAAAUCAUGCCAGGACAAAACCGCACUCCGUCACAGAGCAGUCUGUCUGGGUGCACUUAAAACAUAUACACAACUAAAAACUGCGGAAAAGUAUCUGGAAAAUAUUUUAAUCGGCAUUUGUUGCCCUGCAUGGCUUUUCCAUACGUCCAUCCUGAUAUUGCCCAGGUUGGUCGGAGGGCAAAUGUUAAGUAUGUGUGAGUAUGUUUGAGUGUGUGUACUGUAUGUGUGUGUAUGUUCAAUUUUUAGAAUAAAGGCUGCUGAUUGAUAAAAUGAACAAGGUAUGAUUCUCCGAGAUGAAACACAUUUUUCUAUUUUUUUCAAAUAACAGAUCCUUUUCCAUAGCAAUAUAAAUCUGUGUUUUUCAUCUUUUGGGACAAUUACACAACCUCUCUUCAUUCUCACUUCUUUUGUAAACAUCUACAACAGUGUUCCUUUUUAAAGAUAAUCUGCAUUCUUCCUUAAAAUGUCAGAAGAAAUGACCACUAAAUAAUCAAACAGUAUGAUACGAUUUGGGUUUUAAUGUUUACAAUCGCACAGUAUUGUCAUCAUAAUGGAGAAGCAAUAUUUGUGUCCUUCCCUCCCACUCCUCUAGCACCUUCUUGAAUAGCUGUUAAUUCAAUGGCAGAAAAAUCCAACUUCUAACAAAUGACGAAGAUGAUUUGAUGUGUAUGAUUUGUGAAGUAUUGAAAUUUUCAACUUUGGUAUUUUCUUAUGAUGAACAAAAGAGGUUUGACUCUCAACUGUGGUAUUUUCCUGUGAGAGAGAUGUGCUUUGUUGCUCCGUAUAUAUUUCUACCACCAAGACAUGAAGUCCACCUACAUGCACAAAGAUAAAAUAAUCCGAUGCCCCUGACUGAAGAUGUUUAAAACUCGACCAAAACUGUAACUGAACCUACUCCUGUGUGUUCUGCAGUGGGAAGGUGUGUGUGGGCAACAAGGCAUCUUUCCUCUUCUCUGAUCCACCCACCAUUCCAGCUGUUAGUAGUUAUUUGGUGAUGUGUUUCCUGUGUCCCUCCAUCAUCAUCCCUUCACAAGAAAUGGUGAUAUCUUGUACCAAUAAUGUAAUUAAACUCCACCCAUUUGUUACCUUUGAUGUCCUAAAUUGAGCUGCGCCUCCCUCAAGCAAUAUGUGUUCUGUCGUCUGUGUACUAGAGCUGUCCAUAGCUUUGGGGGGACAUUAACAAUCAUAUUGUUUCUGUGUGUGGGUUUACAGGAUGUUAAUGGGUGAGCUCUUGUUGUACAUCAUACUGUUGUACUGAAGUUGGUUAAAAUUGGCCUUUCUAUGUCUGAAUAUAACUCACUGCUACAUCUUCUGGGAAUAAAGUGUUUCUAUAUUUCA